UCGAAAGCUCCGACGAAUUGGAGAGAAAGAGGGAGAGAGUAUGAUGAAUCCGCAGCCUCAGCCAGGUCCUCAGGGCUAUCCUCAUCACCAGCCAACUUCAGUGGAAGAAGUCCGUACUCUCUGGAUUGGUGAUCUACAGUACUGGGUCGACGAGAAUUACCUCACCUCUUGCUUCGCUCACACCGGCGAGGUUAUUUCAAUCAAGAUUAUACGAAACAAAAUGACGGGGCAGCCGGAGGGGUACGGGUUUGUGGAGUUUGUCUCCCACGCCGCAGCCGAGAGGAUCCUCCACGCUUACAACGGCACUCAAAUGCCUGGAACUGAGCAGACUUUCAGGCUGAACUGGGCCUCUUUCGGAAUCGGCGAAAGGCGGCCUGAUGCUGGCCCUGAGCAUUCCAUUUUUGUAGGUGAUUUGGCCCCUGAUGUUACUGAUUUUGUCCUGCAAGAGACUUUUCACAACACCUAUCCUUCGGUUAGAGGCGCCAAGGUUGUCACCGAUGCCAACACUGGCCGCUCCAAGGGUUAUGGCUUUGUCAAGUUUGCUGAUGAGGCCGAGAGGAACCGUGCUAUGACUGAGAUGGAUGGUGUUUAUUGCUCCACUAGGCCAAUGCGCAUCAGCGCCGCCACGCCGAAGAAGACCACCGGUUUCCAGCAGCAAUAUGUUGCAGCAAAAGCUGUUUAUCCUGUUCCGGCAUACACUACUCCGGCAGUUCCUGUAGUACCAGCAGCAGAGUAUGAUGCAAACAACACUACAGUAAAUUUUGUCGGAAACUUGGAUCCUAAUAUUGCUGAGGAGGAGUUGAAGCAAACUUUUCUGCAAUUUGGAGAUAUUGUCUAUGUUAAGACUCCUGCAGGCAAAGCCAAAGGCUGUGGUUUUGUACAGUUUGGGACAAGGUCAUCUGCUGAAGAAGCUAUACAAAGGAUGCAAGGAAAGAUGAUUGGUCAACAAGUGGUCCGCAUUUCUUGGGGUAGGAGCCCAACAACUAAACAGGAUGUACCUGGUAGCUGGGGCCAGCAAGUAGAUCCAAGUCAAUGGAAUGCAUAUUAUGGUUAUGGUCAAGGCUAUGAUCCAUAUGGCUAUGGAGCUACUCAAGAUCCAUCAUUGUAUGCAUACAACGGCUAUGCCGGUUACGGCCAAUAUCCUCAACAGGUUGAUGGAGUUCAAGAUAUGGGAGCUAUGGCUGGUACUGUUCCAUCUUUUGAACAGAGGGAUGAGCUGGAUGAUUCCUUGGCUACGCCUGAUGUUGACAAGUUGAAUGCUGCUUACCUCGCUGUACAUGGAAGGGCCAUUUUGGGCCAUCCCAUGUGGCUAAGAACAUCAGUGUUUCCGCAGCAAGCUUAGUCAACAUUAGCAAUGUAACGACAUUGGUUUGAUUUGGAUUCUUUCUCAAUUUUCUUGGAGUUCACAUUAUAACAACCAGAGAAGAAAUGGUGGGUAGAAUGGCUAAUACUAGGUGAAGAUCUGGAAGAAAUAGUAGUUGACAGACCCUUUUUUCUUCUCAAUCAGGGGCUAGGGCUGUGGUUGUUGAUUUGUAGAUGUUUCUCAGUACGAUACCAGGGAUGCCUUUGUUAGGUUUGUUGCACCUUUAAUAUUCCAGUCCAUCGUUUGAUUAAAAAUGUAUAAUAUAGGCCAAUUUACCAGGCUUGUUGUAUGAGAACAUGUCUUGAUCCUUUACACCUUAUGUUCCAAUUGCG